AUGCGCCCCUCCCUCCUCCUCGCCCUCCCCCUCGCCCCCCUCACCCGAGCCGCCAUCAACUGGGACGUCUACGAGUACGGCGUGGUGCCCAGCUUCCAGUGGUCGCGGCCCUUCCCCGAGGACGGCACCGACCCGGGCGGCUUCCAGGUGCUGUGCCGGCACGCGGCGUCGUUCGCCGCGCGCAUGUACAGGCUGCGGGACCUGGCCGAGGCGCCCCCCGCCGGGCUGGCGCCGUGGCGCGGCGGGAUCGAGGCCUUUUUGAGGGCAAGGGAGUAUGUGGGUAGUUGGGAUGGGGUGGAUCAUAAGGGGGAGGAUAGGGAGUUGGUGGUAAUGGAGUGGGCGGAGGUGCCGGAGAGGGUGAGGGCGUGGAUUGAGGAGCAGAGGGCGGAUGAGAGUGAGGCGAAUGAGAGGAGGUGGUUGUUUGGUGUUUUUGAGAAGCCGGAGGAGAAGGUGGCGGGGGAGAGGGGGGAGGGUGGAGGGGAGGGGCAACAGGAGGCGGGGAAGGCGUCGGAGGUGGCGAGCGGAGGCGACCUCAACAACCUGACCAAGUACAAGCCCCGGGCUGGAGAGGAUCACACGGUGCUCGCGUGGCCUGUCGAUCAUACCAAGCCCCAACGCGACCUCGGCAAACGGGACAUCACGUUCAAGAUCGAGGCUCUGUCGGUCGUGGAGACAGAGGAGGGAAAGAAGUCGCGGCUAAUGUGGGAGAAGAUGCAUAGGACCAUCAAGAGGAACGAGCGGCGGCAGCAACGGGAGGAGCGCCAAAAGGCCAAAGAGGAGAUCAAGAACGGGUGGGUGAGGGAUGAGCUAUAG